AACAACAAAAAAAUCAAAAAAUCAUAUUUAAAUCAGUAGACGUGAAAUGAAACGGUUAACGCUUUACUGGUGUUGACACAAUGGUCGCCUGUCUGUUGUCUCGCUUACUGGAAUACAGUUAAGUUACUCAAUUUAAUUUAAUAAACAUUUUGAGCUUAUGAUCCCGCCAUCAUUUAAAUGGUCGAUGCCACAAAACCUCCUUAAGAAAAACUAAGUCUUAAGCAGGAAACGCGAGUGUUCAAUAGGAAGGGUGUUUUUUUUACCUGUUCUCGUCUUUUUCACUCAAAAGACGUGUUAUCCAAUCAGCGCAAUAUCAGUCCAGAUUUUAGACGUUGGACACCUCCCAGCCAAUGUACUCUUUCCCCCCGUCGUUCCUCCAGCCUCCCCUUAAGAAAGUCUCGCGUUCAAGCAGCCUUCAGAAGAUAAACGUUUAAAGUGCAUUUCACUGUAGCACAACUCGGAGUUCAUUGGAGCUCACUUGAUUUGCACCCGCACAUUCUAUUUUUUUUAGGGACCCCCCGGGCCGCGCGGGGAACAAGGGGAGAAAGGAGCUCAAGGAGUAAAGGGUACUAAAGGGCGACCGGGUGACUUAGGUACUAAAGGAGAACUUGGCGGUCUGGGAUCGCGAGGACCAGCGGGAGAAGAUGGCGAAAUAGGAAAGCCCGGUGCCACGGGAAUGAGAGGACCAGCUGGCUUACCUGGUAGACCAGGAGCACAAGGACCCGUCGGUCCAGAGGGUGAAAGAGGAGUAGAUGGUAAUCCCGGAAUUCCCGGCACAAAGGGAGCCAGAGGACUAUACGGGAAGCCAGGAAAGCCCGGAGACCCUGGCGUGCCGGGAAGAGAUGGUCAAAAUGGCCUACGUGGCCUCGAUGGCGAACCUGGUGAAGUUGGCUUUCCUGGACCUUCCGGACCGCCUGGCCGACAGGGACAUCAAGGAUUAAACGGAUGGAAUGGUCUAAUUGGAGCCGUUGGAUCUCGUGGAGAAGACGGUGAAUUGGGUGACCGCGGCCCGGAUGGAGCAGAUGGUGCGGAAGGAGAACCUGGUCUAAGGGGCUUCCCGGGUGAAAGAGGGAAACCGGGGCUGGACGGUCGUUCAGGAGUAUUAGGUAGACCUGGAAUGGACGGAAUCCCUGGGGAAACUGGACUCCUUGGGGAACCGGGCGAUCGAGGUAAUAAUGGCUCUACGGGUGCUACGGGAAGAAUAGGAGAAUUUGGAAUGUUAGGGGAUGCCGGAGAAAGGGGUGAACGCGGGCUCCCUGGAGAAUCGGGGGACAUGGGUUCUGAUGGCGAUCCAGGAGGUUAUGGUUUUCAAGGACCAGAUGGCUCCAAGGGAGCACGAGGAGACGAUGGAGAAAUCGGACCAACUGGAAUUCAGGGUGAUCCUGGAUUUACGGGAACACCGGGAAUGCCUGGACUGCCCGGAGAACUGGGAAUGCAAGGGGAACCUGGUCGUACUGGAUUGGAAGGUCCCUUUGGGCCUAAGGGUGUAAUGGGAUCUCAAGGACCACCCGGCCCAUCUGGAUUUGUUGGAGAUGAGGGAUUCAUUGGUCCUCCUGGAGAAUUUGGUAAACCGGGCGCAAGAGGACCUCCAGGAAAUGACGGGUUUCCGGGUCCUCCUGGCCCUCCUGGCCCACCUGGAGAAAAGGGUCCCCCAGGAACCCAUAUCUAUCGACCGCCUGCGACCCUCGGAAGUGCUGACAAAGGCCCAUCCAGACGCCUUUACUCCAGUAAUGAGGGAAAUAACAAAGAUAUGAACACUGCCGAACACCAGUUGCAGUUUGAGCCUUCAGAGGCCAUUGACUACUGCCUGACAGGUUUCAACUACGUCUUCAAUAACUACAAAAUGCAAAACGGCACCAGACGAUAUCCUGCACGGUCUUGUCGAGACCUUUACCUCGAACAUCCUGAAUAUCCUAGUGGCAGAUACUGGAUUGAUCCAAACGAAGGAUGUGUCCAUGAUGCAGUUCGCGUGUAUUGCGACUUCAAAGAGCAAGUCACCUGUAUAGACCCCAAAGCCAGUAAGAUCACCAUUCCACGCCUUUCCGCUCAUCAGUGGAUUAGCGAAGCUAAUCCACCUAUGGAAACGUUUGAAUACAGGGCGACAGUUGCACAAAUGCAAUUCCUGAGACUCUUGAGUAAACGGGUUUACCAGAACAUAACCUACUCGUGCUACAAAGAAGAGGAAGGCGAUUGUACCAUUCAACUUCAAGGAGAAAAUGAAAUGGAAUUUAGAUCUUCCGAACAAACCAAGCCCAGCUUCAUUCACACGGAUCCUAAGGAGAAAGAUCAAGGCAGUCGCCUGGCAGUAAUGAAAAUAAACACCAAACGCAAGGACGCUCUACCGAUAAUAGACAUUGCUCCAACGCACAUUGGAAAAACCGGAGAACCAUUUCGCCUCGAAAUCGGACCUGUCUGCUUCAUGUUCUAAAGUUACAUUUCUAUAACGUAGCUUCUUUCACUUUUCAUUCAGUGAAAUAAAUUCCUGUAAGUCAAAGGCUUAACACGUACUAAAUUUCUCGAACUCUUUGUAAAAUCAUGUUAUAAUAUUUUGUAGUAUAGAUAGCCUUUCUUCAACGUCUAAGAAUGAAACUUGUCAACAAAUUAUUUGUGUCGAAUGAACUUUCUACAGCGUUAUUUAUAUUAUAAAGGAAGUUCAAUAUCCGUUAAUGAGAGCUUUCGUUUAAUUUCACGACAGCAGCUGUCUACAGAUCGUUUGCUGUAACGUCUUGAGACCUCAAUCAGCUUCCAUCAGUUGUAUUUGCCAACACGGUAUCUUUGUACUGUAUGUGUGGUGCAAACGUACAUCUCAUUUUGAAGGAAGCCUUCAAAUAUUACGGUAAAGAUUAAAAAAAACAAAAACAAAACAAAACAAAACAAAACAAAAAAAACAUUUGGGGUGAAUUGAGGGGGAUUGCAGAAAGGAUAACAUCUUUCUGAAAAGUGUAUCAUCUAUGACGUAAAGCAGUUGUUUUGGUAAUUUCUCUUCAUAACCGGACCAGAAAAGAAAGGAAAUCAUCCCAAAGUUUUCUUUCAAAACUUGAAACUCCAAACAAAACACAAGAAGACAAGCAGACAUGCCAGGUUAACGCAGACUAUUGACCGAAGAUCGAUCGAUGAACAAAGUGUAAGCGUGCUGAAAUCGACAUGGAAUUGCCGAUAGGUACUGAGUUUUGUAAUGAAGUUCCGGUGGUUUAUCUUAAAAGUGAAAACCUG